AUGAAUCGGAAGACAAUCACAGUGAAAGUGGGAGGUCAUGUGAUGGUUAACGGGCCGGUGACCCCGAUCCCCGUCAAGGCGAAACCCACCACCAUAGACGCCAUCGUUCCACAGGUUCCUGUCGGCGAACCUCCGGCCGGCUUCCGGGACAUCUUGCUGCGGGACGGUCCUGAGGCUUUCGCCAAGGCGGUGCGGAACCACCAGGGCCUGCUGCUGACCGACACCACCUUCCGGGAUGCCCACCAGUCCCUGCUGGCCACCCGCGUACGCACGCACGACCUGAAGCUCAUCUCUCCCUACGUGGCUCACAACAUGCACCAACUCUUCAGCAUCGAGAACUGGGGAGGGGCAACGUUCGACGUGGCCAUGCGAUUCCUGUACGAGUGUCCGUGGCAACGGUUGCAAGAAAUGCGCGAGCUCGUGCCCAACAUCCCCUUCCAGAUGUUGUUGCGGGGAGCCAACGCAGUGGGGUACACCAACUACCCUGACAACACCGUCUACAAGUUCUGCGAGGUUGCGAAGGAGAAUGGCAUGGACAUUUUCCGGGUGUUCGACUCACUGAACUACCUGCCCAACAUGAUCCUGGGCAUGGAGGCUGCGGGGAACGCUGGUGGGGUGGUGGAAGCUGCCAUCUCCUACACUGGGGACGUCUGUGACCCGCUACGCACCAAGUACUCGCUGGACUACUACCUGGCACUGGCCAAGGAGCUGGUGGCUGCCGGCACGCACAUACUCUGCAUCAAGGUAAGGGCAUCGUGCCCACACACACACACGCACCGUGCUCCUGUGCGUUAG